CGACUUGCAUACUUUUUAUACGCGUCGAAAAUUUAAGAACUUCACUUGUUAAUUAAUAACUGUCUUUAGUACAUGCGCAUGAUGAAUAAUAUCAUCAAGUACGUUAUUUUUUAUACGUGGGUGUCAGCUGUAAUUCAAGUAAUAGCAUUACCUGCGUAUUCUAAAGUGAUUGAACCAACAAUUAAUCAUGAAGUUAUAUCUGAAGAAAACAUUCACACCGCUUCUAAUGAAGAAUCUAACAAUGAAGAAGCAGAAGUGAAUCGAAGUAAAAAAUCUACAACUUUUUGUAUUGAAAUCAAGUCUGGAACUCCUGAAUGUGUUCCUUGUCAACCAGUUCAUAUGGAAGCUCAACCUCAAGUGAUAUAUAUAACUGAUAAUAAUACUUCUUCGAAUUCUAAUUUGAUGAACAAUACAGUUUUCCAACGAAGGAAUGAAGUACUUCUUCCUUCAGAAUCUUGUGAAAAUGAAGAUACCUAUGUGAUUAUAUCAACACCAGCAGCUAAACCAGUCGUUUCUAUGGUUCAAGUACCAGUUGUUCUUUCAGUUCCACAACCACCUCGAAUGAUGUUAGUAAAAAAACCAUAUAUAGAAGAACAUUUUCCAGAGUCAUUAAAUAAAUCUCAGGUACAGAUACAACUAUUGACGCCAGUUGAAUCAUUGCCAAUAAACGAUCAACAGUUUCCUCCAUCGUUCCAAUCUUCAGAUAUAUAUGAUCUUACAAAUCCAGAAUUUAAAUUAGUCGAACCUUUGAAGGAUCAGGGAAUAAAUGGCAAUUUAGGAUUUGGAGUUGAAGCUCCAACUCAAUCUCCUUUUCUACAACCUUUAGAAUACCAAUACACUGGUCCAAAUUUUGGAAACGAAGCUGUACCACAACAGCAUCCUUCUUCGAUUGGAUCAUUAGAAAAUGAUGAAGUAAAUACUAAUUUUGAAUUUGGACUUGAAAUGCAAAAUCAACCUCCUUUUCUGCAACCUCCAGAACACCAAAAUAUGGGCCAAAACUUUGCAAACAGUGCUACACAACAGUAUUCUUCUUCAAUUGGAAUUGAUCAGAAUUAUGGAUCUAAAGUCCAGCAUCAGCCACCUUUUAUGAUUAAUCAACAAGGACCAGCGCUUAAUACAAGAGUUCAGCCACUUCAGCAAAAUCUGCCAUUAUUGAACGAUUAUGCAUCUGGAUGGAAGUUUGCUAAUGGAGGAGUUGGUCAACUGCCAAUUCAAGACCCUGUUCAAUCACAAAGACCAGUUACUGAUUUUCAAACGCAACAAGGCUAUUUAACUAACAUGAAUUUUGUUAUGGGACAAGAUGGUAUGGGUUAUCUUGUACCAGUGAUGAUGAAUGGAAACCCACAACUUUGUUUCCAACCUGAGCUUACAACUAAUCCUCCAUUAGAUAACAUUCAUCAACAAUCUUCGACACCACAACAAAAAUUAUCAACUUCUGAUACUCAACAGUCUUCAUCUAUCAUCAAGCAAUCUAGAGAAAUAAAAAAUUCUAAAGAAACUUUAGAAAGUCCAGAAGUGCAGACAACAGUAGCACCUAUAAAGUCUGGUCUUAAAUCACAGCAAGACGUUAAAGGGAAAAGUGGGCCGUCGAGCCAAUUAAAUCAUUUAAAAGGGUCAUCAUCACUCUCUAAAUCUAAAACUUUAGGAAAAGGGCAAAACAGGGACAGUAAAAAUAAUGAGAAAUUAGAGUUAAGACGAGGAAUUAAGAGAGAAACUGAAAUUUCAGUAGAUAAAUAAUUAUGUUAAAUUAUAGUUUGUUUUUUAUGUUUCAUAAGUACCAGAUAUUUUGUAAAAAAUUUUACUUAAUAAACCGGAAUUAAUAUCUUA